CCUCAGUCGAUGUUUUUCUGGGCAAGGUACGUUACGUUAUGAUGCGUGCUUGACCGUGGAAGUCAUGUUGGCUGAGUCGUGCCGGUUUUCACUAUUUUAUGCCCUUCUAGAAUGUGGAAAGGCGACUGUGCCGCAUAGAGAUGCGAUGAUCAAAUGAUAGACUUAGUGGAAAGGCGACAGUCUCUGCCUUCAGGAUUCUCUGAACUUAGUAGGAGCUUGAAGUGACUGCGGCUGCGCGUCAACAGAAACGACAUACGCAAUGCGACUGACGCGCCUCCGCGCUAUUAUGGUGCCAAACGAGAGAAAAAAAAGAGACCGAAACACGUGUAUUUCACCAGUUCACAGCCCGGGGCUGCUAGAAAAGAAAAAUAUAACACGCCGAACCCGUCCCGAAAACAAAAUGCAGGCUCCACCACGGAGCCCCUGAUAGGAAGCGAGAAUGACAGAAGGCUGUGCUGUGCCGUUGAAAUCUCGGCCGCACGAAAUCCGUACAUGCUAAGACAAACACGGCUCGGAGCUAUGGGUACAUGCUACAGUUCUGUUAUACAUGUGAAUUAUUCGUGUAAUAAAGUAGCAUACGAUUCUGCUCCUACUUACCUUGACGAUGUUCCAACGAAAGAAAAACAUUACGCUCAUGAACAGUCGUCUACUCAAACAGAAUCGCGUUUUCAACAAGUCUUUGUUUACAUUUGCUUACUUGCAUUGUGGGUACAGGGCGCAUCC